GUAAUGAUCUGUAGUGUGUGCUGGUCGAGGCUGCCGGAGCGGCGUCUCUUCUCUCUCAGUAGCGUCACUUCACAGUGCACGCAGACCUCAACAUGAGAGGGGUGUCAAUCCAGUCGCUGGACUUUUAGAACUUUUACACAACAUUGCUUGCUUUUUUUCUGAAAAUGUUUUUGUUUCUUUGGUUGUAACAAACAUUUCUAAACAUUCUGAGGCGCGAAGGCGUCCCACUUUUAGUCCGUAUGACCGCGGACAGCGAUGAUGGGACAGUUGUGCUGGACGGACAGUCAAUGACAGGAUGGAUAUCAGAGGGAUUCUCUCUAUCGCUGCUGUCUUUGGUUUCUCUGUCGGAGUUUACGGCGAGGCAGGACAGCGUGCUGUGCACCUGAAUACACUACAGAGCUCAGGGCCUCUGUCCUGCUCUGAGGGCUUCACUGAGCUGGGUUAUUACAACGGAUCUGUGUCUCAGACCGACACUGGCUUUUCCUGUCUGAAAUGGACUGAAUUUCCAGACUACAUGCUUCAGUACCCGAAGCGUGGGCUGGGGGACCACAACCACUGCAGAAACCCUGACCGUGAAUCCAACCCCUGGUGCUUCUUCAGACAGAAGUCUGGAGCCGUCGGGUGGGCUUACUGUGACUGCCACCAGGGUGAUGUGCGGUUGGUGGGGGGCUCAUCUAAUAAGAGUGGUCGUCUGGAGGUGUAUCUAAAUGGCCGAUGGGGAUCAGUGUGUGACUCUCACCUGACGGAUCGAGAUGCCAGUGUGAUCUGUCGACAGCUAAGACUCGGUGAAAUCGGCACUGCACUCCGCCAUUCAUAUUUCGGGCCUGGUUCUGGUCUCUUCCACUUUGAGCGUCUCGGCUGCCAUGGAAAUGAAGAAUCUCUGCUCAAGUGCCGGACUAGGAAGUAUGUAUCUGGUGACUGUAACCAUGGCAAUGAGGCUGGAGUCAUAUGUGCUGUACCUGAGGGAAAUGGUGCCCCCCUGAGGCUCGUCGGGGGUCUUGAGGAUUUCGAGGGCCGUGUGGAGGUGUAUUAUAAUGGACGGUGGGGGACCAUCUGUGAUGACGAGUGGGAUGAUAUUGAUGCUGAAGUGGUUUGCAGACAGUUGGGAUUGGGUGGCGUGCCGAAGGCGUGGACCUGGGCUCACUUCGGGCAGGGCACCGGUCCUAUCGCUCUGGAUGGCGUUCACUGCACAGGAAAUGAGCUCUCUCUGGAGGAAUGUCCUCAUGCACCCUGGGGCCGACACAACUGUGACCACAUGGAGGACGCUGGAGUCUCGUGCAACCCGUUUACAGAUGGAGUGUUGCGUCUGGUUGGAGCUGAUAGCCCAUGGGAAGGCCGUCUGGAGGUUUAUCAUGCUGGUGAAUGGGGCACAGUGUGUGACGACAACUGGACCGGACGACAUGCCCAGGUGGUGUGUCGACAGCUGGGUUAUCGGGGGCGAGCUGAGGUGUCUCCAGUUGGGAUGUAUGGCGAGGGUACAGGAAUGAUCCUGCUGGAUGAGGUGACCUGUGAAGGAGGAGAGAGCUCUCUGCUGGACUGUGAUCAUUCUCAGUGGGGUCAGCAUGACUGCUCUCACAGUGAGGAUGUGGGAAUUCGCUGCGAAAGAGAAGGACAGAACAAUGAGAUCCCCGAAGUGGCUCCUGUCACAGGUCCGCUGGUGAGGCUGGUGGACGGAGAGAGCCGUAAGGAGGGCCGUGUGGAGGUGUUCAUUAACGCUCAGUGGGGCAGUGUGUGUGACGACGGUUGGAAUGACAUCAAUGCUCAAGUGGUCUGCAGACAGCUAGGAUUUGUUGGGGUCUCGAAGGCUCGAUCCAUGGCUUAUUUUGGGGAGGGCCAGGGAUCCAUCCAUCUGGAUAAUGUGAAGUGUGUUGGGACAGAAGUUUCAUUGGGCGAGUGUUCAGCUGUCGGGUCGGACGCUCAUGAUUGCAGGCACAGUGAGGACGCAGGGGUCAUUUGUGACUAUGUUACUGAACCCGUAAAAAUGAAUAGUUUUGGCAAACACGAGUGUGGGUUGAGACCAAACACACAGAGACGCAGGAGGAGGAUCAUCGGUGGAGACAAGUCUCUACGGGGGGACUGGCCGUGGCAAGUGUCUCUUUGGCUCAGGUCUCAAUCAAAAGGCUCACAUCCUCUCUGUGGGGCAACUCUCAUCAACUCCUGUUGGGUCAUUACUGCUGCUCACUGCUUUAAAAGGUUUGGUUCAGAUGCCUCCCGAUAUGUCCUGCGGCUCGGCGACUACCACACAGAAGAGCGGGACGAUUUUGAGCGCAGUCUUUCUCCUGAGCGAAUCGUGAUCCACAAAAAGUACCACAGUCAGGGCUGGGAGUAUGACAUUGCCUUGCUGAAGUUAAAGGGCACAGAUGAGAACUGUGUGGCCUUUAACCCACACACGAAUGCUGUUUGCCUUCCACCUCAGAGCAGCAAGAAGGGCAAGAGACCCAUCGCCUGUGUGAUCACCGGCUGGGGAAUUACAGACUCCGAGUAUUCCAGAACUCUUCUGCAAGCUUGGGUACCUCUGCUGCCCUCCUGGAAGUGUAAAAAGCGUUACGGCAGUCGUUUCACCAGCCGCAUGUUGUGUGCUGGCAGCUUGUCCAACCAUCGGCGUGUGGACAGCUGUCAGGGUGACAGUGGGGGUCCGCUGGUGUGCCAAGGGGACGGUGGGCACUGGAUGCUCACGGGUGUCAUCUCCUGGGGUCACGGCUGUGGUGACCCUUCAUAUCCAGGUGUAUAUACACGGGUCGGACGCUUUCUGAAGUGGAUUGAGAAAGUCACACACAGCCCUGCUGAAGCGUGAUAUCAGUGUUGAUGUUAAAACCACUUACCACAUUGUCAACAUAUAUUUAUAUAGUAUCAGUCAAAAAUUGGGAAAUAGUAAGAUUUUUAUUUUAUUAUUUAUAAUUUAGGCUUCAUUUAUUUAAUUAAAAAUACAAUAAACUUGUGAAAUGUGAUUACAAUUUCAAACAACUAUUUUCAUAUUGAAUUAAUUUAAAAUUGUUUGAUUUAAAGCUGAAUUUUCUGAAUCGUUACUCUAAUCUUCAGCAUCACAGGGUCCUUCAGAAAUUUUUCUAAUAUGAUGAUCUGCUGCUCAUGAAAUUAAUAUUAUUAUUAUUUUAGUACCUACUACUGGUUACUAGUUAUUAUUAGUUAAUAAUAUUAUUAUCGGUGUUGGAAACAACACAGGCUCAUUCUG